AUGCAAUUUCUUAGCCAAAUACGCCGUUUGGAGGGUCAGCUUGAAGCAGUUUGCGCUAGCCAAAAUUCUGUUGAAAAAUCUCAUAACUAUGCGAACAACAGAUUAUUUGAUGGAUCUUCAGCAAAACGAAGAGAUGAUUACCAACAAUUGUGUGGAGAAGCAUUAAAAUACAAGAAUCUAAAGCAGUUGUUUGGCAACGAAAGAGCACUGCUUAAAGCAAGAGAAGAGCAGCUUAAAAUGCAGUUGGCAGAAAUGACUGAAAAAUAUGAAAGUCUUUUCAAGAUAAUUAGAGAAAACCAAUUCGAAAAUGAUUCUGUUUCAUCAAAAAAUGGGGUAGACCAAAUCAGAAAUUGGAAAAAUGGAAUGGAAAAUGGAAUGCAACCGAAAACACUUUUCGAAGCGAGACGAAUUAUAUCACAAUUGGAAGAUGAUUUACGUCAAGCCAAUGAAACGAUAACUGAUCUCGAAUUAAAAUUAGUAGAUGUGAAGGAAAAUUGUGGAAAUGAUUUAAUCAAUCAAAACGAUUUUCUUCAACGAAAGAUUGAUGAGCUGGAAGAGUGCAAGAGAAAUUUUCAACGGCAAUUUUCUGAUCAGGAAUUGACACUGCAUCAACUUCAAAAAGAUUUGGAGAAACUUUUGGGUGAGAAAGACAUGUUUCGAAUGCGUUGUGAUGAAUUGGAGAAAGUUAAUGAAAAUGCAAUAAAACAAAAUUUUGAUCAGUCGGAAGCUAUAAAAGCUCUUCGUUUGAAAUUGUCUCAUGCAAAUGAAGUGCAAAAUGAAAGUGCUAGGAAAUAUAUUUCUCAAAUUGAAACAUAUCAGAAAUUGCUAAAGGAGAAGGAAGCUGAGCGUACUGCUUUCAUUCAGCAACUUUGUUAUGAUGAUCAAAUGUAUAGCAGUGCAGCUUUUAUGGAUGAUUUGAAAGAAACUGACAAGAAAAUGGAUGAAUUAAAGUAUAUCAAUGAACGAUUGCAAAAAAAAGAAUCAGAAUUGCAACAAGAAAAGGCAAAAUGCAGUGCGAUGUCGGAGGCUUUGGUAGAAGCAAAUAAUGCAUUAAUGGAUGUAAAAAAUGAAUUUAUUGAAACAAAAAAUCGAGCUAAAAUGCUUGAAGCUAGGAUAAUUAAAUUGGAAUCUGAAUUAGAAAAUGCGAAUGGAAAAUUUAAAAUAGAACAGUUAUCGACGAAAAUUUUGGAAAGUGCGAAUGAGGAACUUAUGGACUUACUCGGAAAGAAAACUUGCGCUUCCAAAAGUAAAAAAAGUGAAAUGAAUCCAUUGGCGAAUGAGUUUCUCGAUCUACGGAUGGAUCUAAGUCCUAUGGAUGUGAACAUAGCAUUGGCACCAACUGCUGUUAAUACUGCCAAUCAGAUUACAUCUUAA